AUGGUGAUCGCUCAAGGAAUAAACGCUGGGGAUGUGAAGAAACUACAAGAUGCUGGGAUCCAUACCUGCAAUGGGCUGAUGAUGCAUACCAAGAAGAACCUCACUGGAAUCAAAGGUUUAUCCGAGGCAAAAGUGGACAAAAUCUGUGAAGCCGCUGAGAAAAUAGUGAAUUUUGGAUAUAUGACUGGAAGUGAUGCUCUUCUAAAGAGAAAAUCAGUUGUGCGUAUCACUACAGGUUGCCAAGCUCUUGAUGAUCUCUUAGGAGGUGGAAUUGAGACCUCAGCCAUCACAGAGGCUUUUGGGGAAUUCAGGUCUGGGAAAACUCAACUAGCACAUACCCUUUGUGUCACGACGCAGCUGCCUACAAACAUGAAAGGAGGGAAUGGAAAAGUGGCUUACAUUGACACUGAGGGAACCUUCCGCCCUGAUCGGAUUGUCCCAAUUGCUGAAAGAUUUGGAAUGGAUCCAGGAGCCGUGCUUGAUAAUAUCAUUUACGCCCGCGCUUACACCUAUGAGCAUCAGUACAACCUUCUUCUUGGCCUUGCUGCAAAAAUGUCUGAGGAACCCUUUAGGAUUCUGAUUGUUGAUUCGGUCAUUGCUUUGUUCCGAGUUGAUUUCACUGGAAGAGGAGAACUCGCAGACCUUAUAGCUGAUCCAGGCGGUGGAAUGUUCAUAUCAGAUCCAAAGAAACCAGCAGGUGGUCACGUUCUUGCUCACGCAGCCACCAUAAGGCUCAGUUUCAGGAAAGGCAAAGGAGAACAACGUGUCUGCAAAGUCUUCGAUGCACCAAAUCUCCCUGAAGCCGAAGCUAUAUCCUUUUUAAACCCACUUGAUUGA